UGAAGGCAUGGCAGAGAGCUACGGUGCCGCUGCGCCGAUGGCGUCGAUGGUUCUUGCGGACAAGCAGAAACGCAGAACGCUUCUCAAGGUUUCUGUGUUCAUCACCGCUACCAUCGUUGCGGUUGCAUGCGGAGUACUUCUCGCCAUGGAACACCGUGGCAACACUGACAACCAAGGGGCAUUGAGCGGCGCGUAUUAUGCAGUGACCAAGCCUCCUGCGUUCAACUUCAACAGGUUCAUUAGAAACGCAUGGUUUUAUACCGGGAGGAGUAGUGAUGGGCAAGAGGAAGGCUUCAUCGAGAAGCUUGCACGAAAACACCACUACAAGCUCCAGAUUCAUCACUUGCAGUCAUUCAAGGACAAUGAGUUUCGUGCGGCCCUGUUCUCUGAGAACAUUCACUGCAUUGUCUUCCCUCCCCUGAUUCACUUUCCUGGAGUUUCUGAGCUGGCGAAGAAGGACCUCAGAGGAUAUGUCUCAGCAGGAAACAACGUUGUCUUCAUCGGAAGCUACGAGUGGUUGAGUGUCAUGAACGACGUCUUUGGCUUCCAGCUCAUGUCCGACUACAAGGAUGGUCCCUACUACAGGAACGACCGCAACGUCCGUGGAACUCCCUUCCAGUGGUCCCUCUCUCGCCUAGAGCAGCCGGACGGAAGCAUCUACUCCGUCAAGGUCGACUCGAUCCCCAUGGAUGGCAAGUGCAUGUUCGACACCAUGGGUGCUUGCGUCGUGUUCUAUGUCAAGUACAACCUGGGUACAGUAUGCUACAUCGCCUUCGAUUAUGAUACUCCAUACGGCAUUGGACAUUGGGAUCAGAUUUUGCAUGCUGCUAUGAUGAUGUAAGGAAGACAAGCAGCUGUCAGAAGGGAAAGAUUGCCCAUUGUCACGCUGCUUCUUCUCGUUGGUUUGUGAUGUUAUAAGGAUGGAGAAAUGGCGUGCUUGCAUGGAUUGCGGAAAGUUUGCCCUUUGUACAUGCACAGGUAUGGUGGAGUUUGGAAAUGAUUUGUUGAGGGGAAAUAAAUGGGUUGAAAUC